AUGAGAUCAUUCACCUUCUUCACUGCCUUGGCUUUUGUGGCCGGUGCCCUAGCCUCCCCGGUGGCAGGGCCAGAGAUCACACCUGCUCCAGAGCCAGGCGUCGUCAAGAGGGCAACUAGUUGCACCUUUUCUGGCUCCAAUGGCGCCUCUUCUGCCAGCAAGUCUCAGGCUUCGUGCUCCACGAUUGUCCUGUCCAGCGUAGCAGUUCCUUCUGGCACUACGCUGGAUCUUUCCAAUCUCGAAGAUGACACCACUGUCAUCUUUGAAGGAGAGACCACUUGGGGCUACGAGGAGUGGGAUGGCCCGCUGCUCCAGAUCAAGGGCAACAAGAUUACCAUUGAAGGCGCAUCCGGUGCCUAUCUCAACCCCGACGGAGCCAGAUGGUGGGACGGCGAAGGCUCCAACGGCGGCAAGACCAAGCCCAAGUUCUUUUACGCCCAUGAUCUGACGGACUCGACCAUUACAAACUUGCACAUUCAGAACACGCCUGUCCAAGCCGUGUCCAUCAAUGGCUGUGAUGGACUCACUGUUACAGACAUGACCAUUGACAACUCAGCUGGAGACACUGACGCACUUGGCCACAACACGGAUGGUUUCGAUAUCGGUUCUUCAAGCUCAGUAACCAUUACAGGUGCCAAUGUUUACAACCAGGAUGAUUGCGUGGCCGUCAACUCAGGAACGGAUAUUACCUUCAGUGGCGGAGUAUGUUCUGGAGGACAUGGACUGUCUAUCGGAUCCGUCGGUGGUCGUAGUGACAACGAUGUGGACACAGUGACCUUUACAAACUCCGAGGUCAAGAACUCUGUCAACGGUAUCCGCAUCAAGGCGUCAUCGGGCGACACGGGAACCAUCACCGGCGUGACCUACUCGGGCAUUACGCUGCAGUCCAUCUCCAAGUACGGCAUCAUCAUCGAGCAAAACUAUGACGGCGGCGACCUCGACGGCACCACCACGACCGGUAUCCCCAUCACCAACCUCAAGGUCGAGAAUAUUGCCGGCACCGAUGCCGUGAGCUCCUCUGGCUACAAUGUCGUCAUCACUUGCGGUUCCGGCUCCUGCUCCAGCUGGACCUGGUCUGGUGUCGAUGUCACUGGCGGCAAGGACUACGGUAGCUGCACCAAUGUCCCAAGUGUUGCUUCUUGCUCGACUUGA